GCACCAGAAUUACCCAACGACUUAAGUGAUGACUCCAACAAUGGCACCAGAAUCACACACGGCUUCAGCACAACUCUAACGAAGUCAUCAGAAUUACCCAAAGACUUAAAUGAUGACUCCAAUAAUGGCACCAGAAUCACACGACGGCACCACAAUCACAUGACAUAA